GGCCAGCAAGAAUAUCUGGCCCAGGGUUAGUUUCUUCAGGCGAACACCUGACCUGACUAAAUUCAUAACUAGUUGUUGUUUUUAAUGUAUUUCAUUUGGUAAAAUCAAAAUAUCAGGCGGUGACACGAGAACUGCGUCUACACCAGUGGUAUAUGCGCAGGUGAUGAGGGCACCUACUGUAGGACAGAAACUGCAGGACAUUCCCUCCUGUUCUUAUCGCCAAAGAACACUGUAAAAAUGUCCCUUUGUCGUAUGUUGACGUCUGAGAUUUAAAAGGUUGUGUGAUGUUCUGAUUGCCCGAUGUCUGCCUGUUGGAGGUGCUAACACCCGUCAGACAGGCCAGACCAGUCAUCAGCACAUCGGUCCUCUGAUGUCCUGUCACGCUCAGCACGCAGCAACCCGUCUAUAAGAUGCCAACCUGUCCCGCAAUACCAUCAGUCCUUCAGGUGUUGGAUUUGACUCAAGUCUUUGCACGCUCUUCACACUCGACAUCAAGAUCACCGCAGCUGAGGCCAUGUCUGUAACUAUAAACCAACCCCGGCCCUUUGUCACAACCAGUGUGUCCAACCAAUGGAGCUCUGGCAUCUGCGACUGCUGUCAAGACUUGCCACAGUGUUGCCUGGCCUGCUGGUGUUUCCCCUGCUUCACCUGUAAAACUGCACACGAACACGGAGAGUGCACGUGUUUACCGCUGCUGGAUGCUUUCGGAUUCAUCCCGCCCAUUACAACAUCGAUGCGGGUCUCUGUACGUCAUACGUAUGGCAUUCAGGGCACAAUCUGCGAGGACUGUGUCAAAGCCUUCUUCUGCGGGCCUUGCACUUGGUGUCAGCUUGCAAGAGAAAUCAAAACAAGGAAGAACCCCAUUACCUUUGUCAACCUUUCCUUAUGAUUUGUGUAACCACAAUGACUCCAUGUAUAAAAUAAAAAAAUAAAAUAAAAAAUAUAUAAAAUAAUUUUUUUUUCUCAUGUCACAUUACACUGAUGUGUAAAAGAUACUAUAAUCAUGAGCUAAUCAUUCUUCCCUCAGUUGUCUUAUACAUAGAGUAUACAGGCCUAUGUGUGUAUUUUUUACAUAAAUAUACAAUUAUGAACUAUGUAAUUGUGUAUAAGAUUUGAAAAGUCCCUAUGUCUUUCAGCUGCUGUAAAUUAUCUGUAAAAGAAAAGCUUCUGUAUAAAAUACUGCAAUAAAAUCUUCUUUACCGCGA